AUGGAAGUGAAGUUUCACCAAAAGUCUGACCAUCAAGAAACUUACGUCACUGACCGCUCAGUUUGUUUCCGGUUCCCUAGAGGUGCAAUCGUCAGCAAGAAUUAUCUCGUCCCCACUGGAUUACCAAUUGAACUGGUGAAUCUAAGCCUUCUUACUAUGCAACUCGGCUCGAGGGAGCACGACUUUGAGUCCUCCUUUGUCUCUAUCAAAGAAGAAGAAGAAGAAGCUUCGAGUAAAGAUGAUGAUUCUGCUGAGAAGGCGUUGGAGUUUGAUCUCUUGUCUUCGAUUCUCGAUUCAGAGGUGAAGGAACUUGAAUCGAUUCUUGCUUAUCUGUAG